GGACACAACAGCAAUGCCAAAUAAUUUGGUUUGGAGAACACUGCGAUUUGUCUUUAGUCUACGAAUUUUACUCAUUUCUCUGGAGUUCUUUCUGAAAGGCGUUGCCAUCUUGAAGAGAGGACUAACUGUGAAUAGUACAUGUAUAAGACGAUCAUUAGCGGUAGGUUCCCUGGUCUACAUUUAUUUGUGUGCCCUUUUCUUAUUCCACAGUAAUCGAAUUUCUGUUUUGCCACAAGAAGAUCAAACGGAACUUUCGAUUAGAAAUUUGUCACUAGCAAACAAAUCGCAGACGGAAGAUUCGUCAGAUAUUGUCUCAGUAGAACAGCAGAGGAAGAUGCGGUCUGCGCUUGCGUACCUACAACCAAAUUUCUCUAUAGACCUUGAUCCCAUGAACCUCUGGAUUGAGACUAAACGUGAACUGUGUAAUGGUAAUUUUGUGGGCUACAGGAAUCUGUUUGCUCACUUAAAGAACGUUACGUUAAAUCCAAUGCGCUCUUUUGGAAGAAGGGGAGGAGAAUCAAUAGAAAAGGUCAUAGGUCAACCCGAGAAACACGAAUACGUAAUUCUGGAUAGAGGAUAUUUCCAGAUUAGUUGUCAAGGUCGACGGUUGCUAUAUGACUUCAAACCAAAAGAUCACUUACGACUCUGGCUUGCUGUCGUUAAAACAACAACAGACAACAUAAAACAGACAACAACAAUGAUAAAUAACUUCACGAUAGCUGUAACCCGAUACGAGUAUGUAAACAUGUAUCAUGUCAUGACAGACUGGUUCAACGCCUUUCUGAUGCUUUUAAUUUUUAGGAAGGAUCCGGAUACUACCUCUAUUCUUUUGAUUGACAGUCACCCAACUGGUGGACUCGAUAGUGCAUGGGAAACACUUUUCGGUCAUGUGACCCGAGCGGGUCACUUGUCAAAAACCACAACGUACAAAGAUCUUGUAUGGAGUAUAACUGGGUAUAAUAGCCUGAUAAACCAGCAUUCGUUGCCUCAUGUUCCAUACCUGGAAGAAUUCCGCGAAUUUUUUCUUAGAAGAUAUAGUGUUCAAGACAGUAAACAACUUAACUGUGAAAAUUUGUCAAUUCUAUUUAUUUGGCGUAGAGAUUAUGUUUCCCAUCCUCGAAACCCUCGAGGAAUAAUCAAGCGCAAGAUAAGAAACGAAAUGGAAAUGCAAAGAGCUGUGCAACAAGUCUUCCCAUAUCACAAGGUAAACGGAAUGCAGAUUGACAAACUGACCAUGAAAGAACAACUGGACGUCAUUGCUAACACGGACAUACUCGUUGGGAUGCACGGUGCUGGUCUUUCAUACACUCUUCUCCUUCCUAAACAUGCCUCUUUGAUAGAACUUUACCCACGAUAUUUAUCUACUAAGAACAAUCACUUCCGAGCCAUGGCACAAUGGAGGAAUCUAAAUUACUUGAGGUGGCAAAACAGGGACCCUCAAAACGAGUUUCCAGAUUUUUACACCUACAUUCCAAUCGACGUCAUUGUGGAUAAGGUCAAUCAGACCGUGACUCAUGUAUGUGAAAGUUGGCUGCAUUCUUAAGUUGAAAUAUAUGUAAUGGCCUUGUAGGAACAUAAUAUCAUCUAUUUAGUGUUGUC